AUAAUUCAACCCUCUUUGUUUUCAUUUUCAACUUGACAUACACUCCUUCCUAGUUUCUUUUUAAUUAUAUUAUCUCCAUCACCUAAUAUUAUUCAUAAUUCAUACUAGUAUAUAUCUCACACAUAGUAUAGUUUAUCUUCCUCCUUUACUUCUCUUUUCUUGACUUUCCUAUGGAUCAACAAAGUGAACCAAGUUUCCAAAAUCCAAGAAACAUAAUCUUCAACAAAUAUGAGAUGGGAAAAGUCUUGGGCCAAGGAAACUUUGCAAAGGUUUACCAUUGUAGAAACCUUACAACAAAUGAGAGUGUAGCCAUCAAGGUGAUAAAGAAAGAUAACCUGAAAAAAGAGAGGUUAGUGAAGCAAAUCAAGCGCGAAGUAUCGGUGAUGCGUCUCGUUCGCCAUCCUCCUAUUGUUGAACUCAAAGAAGUUAUGGCAACAAAGGGAAAUAUAUUUCUUGUAAUGGAAUAUGUUAAAGGAGGUGAGCUUUUCAAUAAAGUUGCUAAAGGAAAAUUAAAAGAAGAUGUUGCUAGAAAGUAUUUUCAACAACUUAUUAGCGCGGUUGAUUUUUGUCAUAGUCGUGGUGUCACACAUCGUGAUUUGAAACCUGAGAAUCUUCUCUUAGACGAAAAUGAAAACCUUAAGGUCUCUGAUUUUGGACUCUCGGCGCUGCCAGAUCAACGCCGAGAGGAUGGGAUGCUUUUAACUCCGUGUGGAACCCCGGCUUAUGUGGCGCCCGAGGUCUUGAAGAAGAAAGGGUAUGAUGGUUCUAAAGCUGAUAUAUGGUCUUGUGGAGUUAUUCUCUAUACUUUGCUUUGUGGAUAUCUUCCUUUCCAAGGUGAGAAUGUUAUGAGAAUUUAUACCAAGGCUUUUAAAGGUGAAUAUCAGUUUCCUGAAUGGAUUUCACCUCAAGCUAAGUCAUUGAUUUCAAAUCUUCUUGUUGCUGAUCCUAAAAAUAGGUAUUCAAUUGUUGAUAUUAUGAAUGAUGUUUGGUUUCAAAGUGGUUUUGUUAGACCUAUUGCAUUUUCCAUGAAGGAUACAAGUAUUGAAGACAAAAACAAAGACAAAGAAACCAAUUUUGAUUUCAUUGAGGUCGAUGAAAACUAUGUUGAUGUUCCUGAAUUGGUAAUGACGAAGCCAUCGCGUCCUUUUUAUAAUGCAUUCGAGAUCAUUUCUUCGCUAUCGCAUGGUUUUGAUCUUAGGAAUUUGUUUGAGACAAGGAAAAGGUUGCCUUCAAUGUUUAUAUCAAAGUUUUCGGCUUCAAAUGUGUUGGCGAAACUUGAGAUGAUGACAAAGAAGUUUAACUUUAAGAUAACGGGGAAGAAAGAAUUUGUGAUGAGAAUCGAGGGGCCGAGGGAAGGGAGAAAGGGGAAGGUGGCGAUGACCGUAGAGGUGUUUGAGGUGGCGCCGGAGGUCGCGGUGGUUGAGUUUUCUAAGUGUAGUGGAGACACAUUAGAAUAUGUUAAGUUGUGUGAAGAACAAGUAAGACCUUCACUUAAAGAUAUAGUUUGGAGUUGGCAAGGUGAUAAUGAUAAUGAUAAUGAGAACAAUUCUUAAUAGUAUAGUUUGAAAGAUACUUCUCUCAAAUUAUGUAGUAGAAAAUUCGACAAAAUUUGAUCAAAACCAAACUGUUAUGAUUUCUAUCAAUCUUGUUAAAUUUGAUUGGUCAUGCUUAAUAUAUGUUUAAGUUAUAUAUUAUUCGAUGGAAGAUUCUUAUAUAAAAGUUUAACAAUCAAUUUUAAAAUCUGAUUUAUAAGGUGAAAAUUUUUUAAGCUUAUAAAUGUAUAUUUAUAACAUAUAUAGUUUCAUUUGAGAUUCUAAACAAUAAUUGAAGGAUAAAGAAGACUCAGUCAUUAGUAUUUUGUUUCUUAAAGAAAAAGCACCAAUAGGAUUACAAAGAAAAUUGAGAGACUGAUUGGAUUAGGCUAUGAAGUUCAAUGGUUUCAAUCAUUUAUACUUUAUGUCACCAACAAUGGUGUUUUGAAUUGAUUGAGAUUUUUAUGAGCACUUUAUUUGGCAAAUAUGAUUUGAGACAGCGGUUGAAAU